AUGGCCUUACAGGAUUACUUGAUGUUGGAUCCCAAGGUCACAAAAAUAGAUGGAAGUCGUCUACUGGAAGAAAUGAACGAAAAGAUGAGCUCCAUGCUGGCCAAGAAAGUUAAAUCAGUCUCGGACUUGGUUGGGCUUGCUGAACGUUUUUUCUCCGAAUAUCAAUACGACAACGAAAUUAAGAUGAAAUACUACAACUCAAAAUUGCUAAAUCUGUCAGAGUUUGAGCUAAGAGUUGGUGAGAGGUUCAAAAACAUCGCCAUCAACCUACAACACAGUACCAUUCACGUGCCGACUAAUGUUUAUAACGAAUCCGCGGUCAUUUUGAAUGGUGUUUCCUGGACUGACCAGCUGAACACAGCUUUCGUCAACAACUUCCGAAUAGACCCGACUGCUACUUGGCAAUACUUCUGCAGCUCCAGCGGCUUUCUUCGCUUCUAUCCGGGUACAAAAUGGGAAACACUGAACAUCGACACGUUCGACUGCAGAGUUCGCGAUUGGUAUCUCCAAGCGGCAGCCUAUCCGAAAGAUCUGAUAAUCUUAUUGGAUGUAAGCGGCAGUAUGAGAGGUCUUCGCAACCAAAUAGCCAAGGCCACAGUCCACAAAAUUCUCGACACGUUAAACGAUGAUGAUUUCUUCAACAUCAUCAAGCCAUAUUCAAAAACAUAA